ACUCAAUAACAGGAUUAAUUUGUCCACAGGUGCUCCAGCUCGAUUCGUCCCAUGGUGAUCUGAUUGGUUCAUCAUGUGGGCAUGGGCAUUGCUUCCUGUCUUUUUGGCAGUCUUUGGGACUGUGGGCCUUUGGGCUGUGUAUGCCAUAGCAGUUUCUAAUAACUCUGUUAAUAUAACUAUAGAGUUCCCUUACAUCAGCACAUGUGGUGCAUACACCCCCCAGAGCUGCCUGUUUGCUCAGAUAUGCAACAUUUGCUGUGUGUUAGCUCUGUGGAUUGUCGUGAUCAGAUUUCAGCAGAUCAGUGAUUUGGGCCGUUCAUCUCAUUUAAACACAGCUGGUCUGGUGCUUGGCUUCAUCUCUAGCAUUGGGAUUUCAAUUCUAGGAAACUUUCAGCAAACCAUAAUCCAAGAGGUUCAUCUGCUAGGAGCACUCAUGGCCUUCUUUCUGGGUUUAGCAUACUUUUGGAUCCAGGCCUUUAUUACAUAUUUCAGCCCUCCAUCACGUGACAAUAAGUGGUUGGUUCCAGUGCGGUUCGUCCUCUGCAGCCAGUGUACUUGUAUGGUCAUCUGCAUGUUUGUCCUCCACAGCACAGGGUUUCGCUCUGCAGCUGCUAUAUGCGAGUGGAUUCUGGUCAUGUGUUUUUUUGCGCUGUUUGGGGUUUUUGCAGCAGAGUUCAGACACAUUGACUUCCACAAGCUCACUGUACAAAAGGAGGGAUUAAAAGUUGCUAAUAAUGAUAAUGUUGUGUGGACAGUACAGGACGUUCAGUGAAGAAGAGCUGGCAAGUUUUGGCUUUGGUAAUUGGAAACAUACACACACUCACACAAGAAACAAAGUGUUAUGACAUUGAACUGUAACCUGCAUGACUUUGCUAAAUUCAUAAUUACAAACAACACUCCAAUUUUAUACCAUAUUACAUAAACAAAUCAGUUAUAUGAGAAUCUUGCACUGAAUUCUUGUGUAUAUUUUCAUAUUGUUGUAUUGAUAUGUUCCUUCAAAAGUUAGAAUGGUAUAUAAUGUUGAGAGAAUGAGACAUUUUUUUGUUUUAGCUGUGUUGUAUUGUAUUUGGUUGUACAACAAACUAACCUCAUCCUGGAGUUAUUUUGUAGCCUUAAUUAUUUGUUUGCAUGAUGUCAUUAAAUAUAUUGUUCAAAGUG